AUGUUUAAUAAUAAUGAAGAAGAAGAAGACAGUUAUAGAAGACGUAGGGGAAGCGUUAAUUCAUCAGACAGUGAUUUAGAAAAUGGUACGAACGAAGGUAUGAAUAAUUUUAAUAAUUAUAGUAGUUUUAAUCGAUAUCAUGAACAGAACAUAAAUUCAUGUGAAAUCGAUGAGAUUUGUGUUGAUGAUAGUAAUGAUGAUAGUAGUAGUAAAUAUAAUGAUAGAGACAAUAUAGAUAAUAACUUUGAGAUUAAUACCAAUAUAGAUUUUGAUGGUAUGUAUAAUUAUAAGAAUUUAAGACCAGUAAAUGAAAAUGAAAUAGAAUUAGUUGUUGAUAAUUUCUUUGAAAAAAUAAGAAAUAAUGAAGAAGUAUAUUCUGAAUGGAAAAUAUGUCCAAAUUUUAUAUUUAGAAUAUUAUUUAUAGCUAAAUCAAGAGCUAAUAAUUUUAUAUAUCCAGUUGCUUCUUCAUUUAUAGAAACUAUUCCAAAAGAUGAUUGGGUUAGUGAUUGGGGUUUUAGUAAUGUUCAAUAUUAUAUUAUAUUAAUAAAUAUAGCUGAUUAUAGAAAAUCAUAUUAUAAAAUUGAUCAUUUUAAUUUUAAUCAUUUAAAUACAGAUAGAGGAUGGCAUAAUUUUGUUCCUUUCGAAAAAUUAAGAGAACCAGGAUUUAUAAGUGAAAAUGGAGAAAUCAUUUUAAGAGCUGGUGUUUUUCCUUUUGGUUCAGAAUCUUAUAAAAAUAGUAGAGAUAUUAAUUAUGAUAGUAAAAUGAGAACAGGUUUUGUUGGAUUAAAAAAUCAUGGAGCUACAUGUUAUAUGAAUGCUUUACUUCAACUUUUAUAUCAUAUCAAUAUUUUUAGGAAAGCUGUAUGUAUGAUGAUAUUUAAUAUAGAAAAUAUUAUAGGAAAAAAAACUUUGAAAUUUUUCAAGAAGAAAUUUAAUAAGAAAAAAAGAAAAUAUAAAAAGAAGCACAGGUUUAGCAAAAAUAUUUUACCUUUAAAUAAUAACCCGGAUUAUUAUCAUGACAACAAUUAUGAUAAUAAAAAUGGUGAUAAUAAUAAUAAAAAUAUUAAUAAUAUAUUAUUUCGAAAUGUCAGAGGAUAUGAGAGUGACAAUUCUAUGGGAUUAGAAAAUAAUCAAGAUGCACAAUAUUUAAAAAAAGAACCAAAAAAACAAAAUGUUGAAAUGAAUGAUCAAAUGGAUGAACAAAAAGAAGAUGAUAAUAUCAAUAUAUCAAAUAAUAAAGCAUAUAAUAAACUAAAUCGUCUUUCUUAUAAUACAAGAGAAAAAAUUAAAAAUAUUAAAUCUGAUUAUGAUGUAGGUAUUCAUAAUAAUAAUAAUACAAAUCAAUAUUCUUCUAAAGAUAUAUUAUUAUCACCUUCUUCAAUACCUAUAUAUUCGAAUCAUGAUAACAUUGUUCAAGAAAAACAAAAAGAGGAAUCUCUCAUAUUGCCUAAUGGCUCAUGCCAUAAAUUAAAUAAUCUGGCAAUAAAGGAUAUACCCUAUGAAGCCACAUCAAAUGAAAAAAAUACUACCAACAAUAAUAAUAAUAAUAUUAGAAAUAAUAAUAGAAGUAAUAAUAGAAAUAAUAAUAGAAAUAAUAAUAGAAGUAAUAAUAGAAGUAAUAAUAGAAAUAAUAAUAGAAGUAAUAAUACAAGUAAUUAUAGAAGUAAUAAUAGAAGUAAUAAUAGUAGUAAGAGUCCCUUAUUAUUAAGAGAUGAAUCUUUUUCAAAGGAACCAAAUAAUACUACAAAUAGUUUAAUAGACAGCGAUACUAAUAACAACGAAAAUAAUUACAAAAAUAACCACAAAAAUAAUAAUAAAUGUGAAAAUAAUAAUUAUCAGUAUGAAAUAAAAAAUUAUAAGAAACAUACAUAUUCAAAUGUUUCCUCAUCAGACCCAUCUAUCGAAAAUACAAGAAUUAAUGAUAAGGGAAAUGAUAAUGCCAAUUUCACUUGUCAUACCAAUAAUUCAAAUAUUAACGAAGUAUCCAAACACGGAAAAAAAAGUAAAAAGAAAAGUCUCCAUGAUGCUAAAAAGAAUUUAAAAAAAAAAAAAAAAAUUAUUAAAUAUGCUAAUAAUGAAAGAAAAUAUGAAAAUAAUGCAAAAAACAUUGAAAUUUUUGAAAGUGCAGACAAUGCAGAGAGUAUGGAAAAUGGGAUAUCGCAAGUAUCCUCAUCUGACAACUUUUCUAAUAUAUCCAACAUUUCUCGAAAAAAAAAAAAAAAAUAUUCAUCUAAUAGUAAAUCAAAUCUCUUAAUAAAUAAUAAAAAAAUGAAGAAUCAUGCUUCAUUAAGUGCAACUAAAAUUAAUAACCAUGAUGAUGAAUAUGAUAUGACAAGUGGACAUCCUAUUGGGAAUAUGAACAAUACUGAAAAUAUUAACAAUAUUGAUAGUAUGAAUAGCAUUAAUAAAAUUUAUGAGUUACACACUGAUGAGCAACUCAUGAAAGAUAAUCGUGAUGUUGAUGGGGAUGAUUAUGCGGAUGAUUAUGGGGAUGAUUAUGGUGAUGAUUAUGGUGAUGAUUAUGGUGAUGAUUAUGGUAAUGGUCACAAUAAUGAUCACGGUAAUGGUCACGGCAAUCAUCACGACAAUCAUCACGACAGUCAUCACGACAAUCAUCACGACAAUCAUCACGACAAUCAUCACGACAAUCAUCACGACAAUCAUCACGGCAAUCAUCACGGUAAUCAUCACGGUAAUGUUGAUGAUGAAGAAAAUUAUUAUGACACAAAUAUACAGAACAGGUACAAUUUUAAUUACUCAGACAGUGACUUAUCCGUCAUAUCAAUUACUUCUUCAGGUUCGUCAGCUUAUGUGUCAUGCUCAUCUUCUUCAUCAUCUUAUUAUUAUAAAAAGAAAAAAUCGAAUAAACAUGGCAAAUCAAAAGAAGUAGAUUAUAAAAAUAUCCUCCUAGAAGAAGAGAAUGAGAAGAAAAAUAUUCUUCCAACGUCUUUAGCCUUACAAAAUUUAUUUUAUAAAUUACAUACCGUAAACGAAGCUGUUUCUUGUAAAGAAUUGAUACGAUCAUUUGGAUGGGAUGCAAGUGAUGUAUUUACUCAACAAGAUACACACGAGUUAUUAAAAUUAUUGUUAGAUAAGGUUGAAGAACAGAUGAAAGGUACGGUAGUUGAAGGUUCAGUAAAAAAGAUGUUUGAAGGUGAAGUUGAAACAUAUAUUGAAUGUUUAGAUAUAGAUUAUAAAAGUAUAAGAAAAGAAACAUAUGAAGAUAUCCAAUUAGAUGUUCAAGGGUGUAAUAAUAUAUACGAAUCAUUAGAUAAAGCAAUUGAAGCUGAAAUCUUAGAAGGAGAUAAUAUUUAUGAAACGGAUGGUUAUGGUAAACAGAAAGCCAAAAAAGGAAUGAGAUUCUUAAGCUUUCCUAAUAUAUGUAUUUUCUUAUUAAAACGAUUUACAUUUGAUUUACAAAGAAUGGAAACAGUAAAAUUAAAUAAUCGUUUCGAAUUUUAUAAAGAAUUAGACUUAUCAAAAUACUGUAAUAAAAGCGGAAGUCAAUAUGUACUACAAGCGGUUUCGGUUCAUCAAGGGAACAUGAACAGUGGUCAUUAUUAUUCAUUUAGUUAUAAGCAUAAUGAAAACUUCUGGCUAAAAUGUGAUGAUGAUAAAAUUUUUAGAGUCAGUGAAUAUUCCGUUAUUAAUGAUAAUUUUGGUGGUUAUGAUUUAAAUUUAGAUAACGAUUUAUACGAUUUCGAUAUAUCGGAUAAGAUAAAACAAAGACUAAAAAAUUAUAGUGCAUAUAUGUUAGUAUAUGUUAAAAAGUCUUUAAUACCAAAACUAAUUAAAGAAUGUGAUCCAGCUGUUGUAAAUCCUCAAGUUGUUAAAAGAUGUAGACUAGAAGAAAUCAUUAAUAAAAAAAGAUAUAAACUUAAAGAUGAAAUUCUUGAAUAUGUUAAAAUAAGAGUUUUUGAUAAAUAUUCCUAUGUUCAUAAAUCUUUUCACGACCUUCCACCAUAUGGUAUCCCAUCAUUAUUCAAUAUUAAAUUUGAUCGUAGUAAAACGGUUAUUGAAGCAUUUUAUAAAAUAUUAAAAAUUAUUAAGAGGAUAUAUGCUAGGAAGAGCGAUAAACACAAAGCUAGGAUGUUAAAAAGAAUUAAUAAAAAUAAUAUUCAUAAGUCUAUAACCAAUGUGAAAGUAGCACAGGAUGGUAGUGUGAAGAAAAAUGAACCAACACAUGAUAAAAUAAAAACAUGUGAAAAGGAUAUAUCUAAUGAUGCUUCAACUCGAAAAUGUCCCACCAAUAAUAAAAAUAAAAAUAAUAAUAAUAAAAAAAAUAAUAAUAAUAAAAAAAAUAAUAAUAAUAAAAAAAAUAAUAAUAAAAAAAAUAAUAAUAAUAAAAAUAAUAAUAAUAAAAAAAAUAAUAAUAAUAAUACUAGUAGUUGUAGUAGUAGUAGUAGUUGUAGUAGUAGUAGUAACAAAAUGGAUACAAUGAGAAAUACACGCCAUAGUUCUUAUGAUAUAAAUUCACAUGAGAAGAAAGAAGAAUCAGAAGAGAAUGAAGAAAAUCCAAAUAAUAAUAAAGAUGAAAGAAUUAUAUCCAAUGUCGGAGAAAAGAAAAAUGGAAAUAUUAAUAAUAAGAAUAUGCAUGUUGACAAAAUACAUGAUCGUUAUAAAGAAACAUAUUAUAAACAUAUGAAAGAAAAAAGUAAAGAUGAAAAAGAUAUAUAUAAUAAUGUUCUAAUAAAAAAUGAAAGUAAUCAUGAUAAUAAAGAAAUAAUAAAUUAUAAUAAUCAUAGUAACAUAAUAGAUAACGAAAGUAAUCAUAGUGAUUAUUAUGAUAGUGAAUAUUGUGAUAGUGAUACAUCAUCUGUUAGUUUAUCAUCCGCAUAUACUUCGUCUGUUGAUUCUUCAUCUUCUGUAUCAUCUGUACCUUCAUGUUGUACUGUAAAAUCAUUAGAUAAAUAUAUAAAACAUAUAUCAAAAAACAAAUUGACAAAUAUUAAAGUCGAACCACAUGUGAUAAAUGAUAAUACAUCACCAACUAAUAAUGUCGAAUCAACAAAUAACAAUACAUUCUAUUCAUAUGUUUCAUGUUCAUCACAUUCUGACGGUGAUUCCUCUUCAUCAUCCUAUGAUCAUUUAAAAAAAAAGAAAUGUUUCUAUGUUUUGUUAUCAUCGAAUGAUAUACAUCGUUAUUAUCCUUUAGAUAUGAAAAUGCAUAGUAAUAUAUAUUUAUAUGACUUGUUUAAAAAGACAAAUAAAGAAUCAAAUGAUUUAUUUCCUACUAUAGAUAUAUUGUAUUUGCCUUAUAAUAAAAGGACGAUGAUAUCAUCAAAAAAUUAUAACAAUAUUAAUAAUAAUAAUGAUAAUAUUAAUAAUAAUGAUAAUAAUAUUAAUAAUAAUGAUAAUAAUAUUAAUAAUAAUAAUAAUAAUAAUAAUAUUAACAAUAUCAAUAAUAAUAAUAAUUAUAGAACCAAAACCGCUUUAUUUGUAUUCAAAUAUUUUGAUAUUUAUGCAGAAGAGAAAAUCAAUGAUUCAUCUCUCAUAUGCUUAGAUUUUCUACACUGCGAUAUACAUCUAAAACCUAAACAAUUAGAACUUAGAUUAAUUCAGAAGAUUUUAAAAGCUAUGGAAAAAGGAUAUAUCACUAAAUAUAAUUAUGAUUUAUUAAAAAAUUAUAUUAAUAAUGAAUAUUUUUAUUCAGAUGAUCCUUUAAAUUUUAAGAUAUUUGUAGAAUAUAAAAAUAAAUGUAAUUUAAUCAAAAAUAAAAAAAUUAUAGCACAUAAUAAAAUAUCACCUGGUGAUAUUUUGAUUUUUAAUUUCUUAAGUAAUAUGAAUUUAGAAAAAAAAAAAAAUUUUAUGCAAAGAUUAGGUAUGAGAAAAGAAGAUUUAUAUAUAGAAGAUGAAAAUUAUCCAUCAUAUAACAUAGAUGCUAAUUCUAAUACUUUAUGUAAGGUUCUUUAUAAAAAAUUCAAACUCAUACAAAAAAUAUAUAACUGUUGUUAUAUUAUUAAUAAUAGAAAUGGUAUAUAUUACAAAAUAUUAUUGGAUACAGAUAAAAAUGAUAAUAACAAAAAAAACAUCCAUAGUAAUAAAUAUAUUUCUAGUAAUAAUGACAAGAAUUAUUACACAACAAAUAUGGAUAACGAAAAAAAUAUAGAUACUCAUCAUAUAAAAAACAAAAAUGAAAACGAUACACAAACAAAAAAUAUAUAUAAUCAAAAAAAUAAAACGAACCACAACGAAUUAUUAAAUGAUAACUAUUUUGAACCUUUUAAUGAUAAUCAGAAGCAGGAAGAAAAGAAUAAGAAAACUAAUAUUUAUUUAAAUCAAAAUGCGCGUAUAUCUAAAAACGAUAAAGAUGUGUAUAUUUAUAAUGAUGAUCAAGAUUAUACAAGAGAUGCCAACUAUUUUAAUUUUAUACCUUCAUGUGAAAAGAUUGCUAAAAUGAAUUCUGGAAAAAAUCAAAAUAGAAAUAUUAAUACGUAUGAUAAAGGUAAUAGGCAUAAUAAAAAUGAAAUACAUGAACAAAAUGAUGUAUAUGAUAAUAUAAAAAAUGAAGAUUCAGAUAGUGUUAUUCUUUGUAAUGAAGACGAAAAUAUAUCAUCUUCAUUAUCGUAUAAAGUACAUGACAGAUAUACCAUGGACAAAAGUAAUAAUAAUAAUAAGAAUAAUAUGUAUGAACAUAAUGAUAUACCAAGUAACAUGAAUUUUAAUAUAUUUAAUAUAAAUAAAGAUAAUUUAUGUUAUGAAGAAGUUAUGAAAUUAUAUCAGUAUUUAAAAAAUUACGGUUCACAAUUAGAAAGAAAUAAUAUUACAUUUACAUAUACCUUAUUAAAUGAAAACAUGUUACAAGAAAUAAAAGAAAGUUCUUUUUUUUAUAAUCAAAAAAAAAAAGAACAAAUUUUAAAAAAAAAUAAAAAUAUGGAGAUAUUAAAUGAUGAAGGAAUAAAUAUAUGUAGAGACUAUCAAUAUCCUUUUUAUAGUCCUCCCACAUCUGAUGUAUAUACGGACGAAGAUAAUAACAAUAAUAAUGACAAAACUUGUAGUAGUAGUAAUGCACACUUUAGAAGAAAAGAGAAAAGAAAGAAACAAACAAAUCUUGAGAGCCCAAACGAAAUUUAUAAUAAUAAAGAUAAUAAACAAAUAAAUCAACAUAGAAAUCAAACGGAUAUUAUAAAAACUCAAAAUUGUAUUUCUCCAUAUAAUAAUAAUUAUUACAUUAAAGAGGAUAAUAAUAAAAAUGAUAAUUUACGAAUUAGUCAAGGUAGUAAGAAAAAAAUUGUAGAUAUAAAAAAAGUUAGUAGUAUCAAUAAUAUAUCCACAUCUAAUAAUUUAAAUUCUUCAAAUGAACAUAAUAUAUAUAAUGAAAUUAUGGUGAAAUGUGAUUCUGAUAUAUCCAUGUGUUCAUCUGCCAACUCUUGUUUGACUUAUACAUCAGAAAGUACAGAUUUCUAUUUAUAUCCAGCAGAGGAACUUGUGGAAUUUGAAUACGUACAAGAAAUAUUUGAUCAUAAAAAGAAAAAAAUGAAAAAGAAGAAAUUAAACAAGACGAAGAAAAAAAAAAAAAAAACUCAAAAUAUAAAAAAUCAAGAAUCAUCUAUACUAUCCAAUUCAAAUGAUGAAGAAGAUCAUGAUAAUAAAUUAAGACAUUCAAAAAUUCCAAGUGUACAUAAAAAUAGUAUAACAAAGUUUGACGAUGAUAAAAGCAAUGGAGACAAUAAUGAUGAACUCAUAAAUGAUUUAUUCGAUGUGGAUAAAGAAAAAUAUAUAUCCAAGGAUACUACAUCAAAUAGUUUUAAUAAAAAUAAAGAAAGAGAUAAUAAUGUACGUAGAUUAUCAAAUGUUCAUGUUGAAAAUAUGGGAGAUACAUAUGAUAUGAAAAAUGGAGAUUUAAAAAAAAGAACGCGUGAUAUAGAGAAAGGCAUGGGUACUAAUGUAAAUAACAAUGUGGAUAAUAUGUCUAUAUAUGAAGAAAACACUACAAAAACACAAAUAUUGAUAAAAGAUGAAUUUAUAUAUACGAACAAAAAUAUAACGGACAGUAAGGAAGUUCCUAAAUCGCAAAUAAUUAAUGAGCAUAAUAUGAAUAAUACUGUGUUUUCUAAAGAGGGUUUAUUAAAUAAUGAAUUGUGUAAAAGCUCUUUAUAUGUGGAAGGUAUCAAUGAAAAGGAUAAAAAGGAUAAAAAGGAUAAAAAGGAUAAAAAGAAUGACAAUAAUAAUGAUAAUAAUAACAGUAACAAUUUUGUUAAUGAUAAGAUGGAGGAACAAGGAACUAUCCAACUAAAGGACAAUAAUAAUAAUAUUAAUGGUGAUGAUGAUGAUGAUGAUAAUGAUAAUGAUAAUGAUGAUAAUGAUGAUAAUGAUGAUAAUGAUAAUGAUGAUAAUGAUGAUAAUGAUGAUAAUGAUGAUAAUGAUAAUGAUGAUAAUGAUGAUGGUAUAAAAAGAACAAAUUCUCGGAGUCAUAGAAUUAUAAAAAAAUGUGGAGGAGUUCCACACAAAGAAGAACCGAUUUUGCCAUUUUAUGUCAUCUGUGACUAUGUAGACUUUAUUGAGCGUAAAUAUUAUGUUAAUAAAAUACGCUUUAAAUUAUAUGAUCCAAUUUAUCAAUUAGGAAAAUAUAAAAAUUGUGCAGGGAUUUUAUUAAAAAAGAAUAUAAAAAAGAAUUUUCCUAAUUAUAUUGAUUCUCACUUUUUAUUUUUAAAAAGAGAAUUAUUAAAAAUUGAUUUAGAUAUAGAUAUAAGAUGUCCAACAAAACAAAUAUUAAAACAUGUAUGUUAUAAAUUAAAUAUAGAUCCUACUCAUAUAUUAAUAUAUUCAUUUCCCCCUUUAACAAGUCCUGUUAAUUAUUCUUCAUAUAAUAUAGAUUCUUUUACAUAUAAAACAGAUCAUACAGAUUAUUCGAAUUAUCAAAAACAUAAUAAUGUUGUACAAUAUGGACAAGCACCAUUUGAUGCUUUAUUAAAACAACAUUCUAUGUUACUAGAACAUCAUCCAAUGACGGAAAAUAAAACCUUCUGUUUGUCUAUUUUACCAUUUCAUUAUAAAUAUACAUCCAGAUUAUAUCCUAUAGAAAGACCUAAAUAUUUUUAUUAUGUUAUACAUUUAUUCAAUGCUCAUGUACAAUCAGUGGCUGCUUUCACUGGACAUAUUAAAAUUAAAAAAGAAAUACAUGAUGAUAUGAAAACACAUGAAAAAUUGUAUGAACAAAAUGAGCAAGAUUUAAAUAGCGAUUAUUCAUCAUCCCUUUCUGAAAAUUCUAGUAGUACAAUUGUCAAUAAUGAAUAUAUUACAGAUAAUUAUACUACUGUACAAGAUUUAAUUGAUAAAAUUAAAUUAGAAAUAAACCCAUACUUAAAAAAAAGAGGUAUCGAUAUAAAACAAAAAUUUAGGUUGUUAUAUUCGUUUGGACCACAAAUCAGGUAUCUACAUUCUGAUGAGUAUCUGGUAGAAAUUGAUUUUGUAAAAUCAAAUCCAAUCAAAAAUUCGUACGUUGCACCCAUAAGAAUGGAGCCUGACUUUUCGGACGAACAAAAGGAAAUGAUUAAACGGAACGAGUUGAAG